UUUUAUGUAAAGUGUAGAACUAACCAACAAUUCGAAAAAUUGUCGAUCUGUAUUUCACAUAAUUUACUAGAAGUGAAUCACACACACACCCUUAUUCAAUCUAUUAAUCAAUAAUAUCCGAGUUAUAUGUACACUGGUUAAAAGAAAUGCAUUAAAAGUGCUCAAAUUAGACGAUUUUCACAUUUGCAACUACAAAAGACCACUUACUUUUUGACAACGUUUGCUAAAUAAAUCUGAUGUCUUUAAAGUGGAAUUUCGCUGCAUCACACUCAACCGUAGCAAAACUUGUAACCAUACAAUUUCUAUUAUUACUCUUCAUAAAUCAAUGUCAUAGUAUUAGUUUCAGUGAUUUGUUAAAGUAUUUUUCCUCUUCUAAAUGUGGUUACGAGUCAUGUGAAACUGGAAAAUCAGGAUAUCUUAAUGUUCAUCUAGUACCGCAUACUCAUGAUGAUGUUGGCUGGUUGAAAACAGUCGAUCAAUAUUAUUACGGCACGAACAACACGAUUCAACAAGCUGGCGUUCAAUACAUCUUAGACAGUGUUGUUUCCGCUUUAGCGCAUAAUCCAAAACGUCGCUUUACCUACGUUGAAAUAGUGUAUUUUUACCAGUGGUGGAUGGUACAGUCGAAAGAAAUACAACAUUUAGUCAAAGAUUUAGUCGAAACAGGACGACUACAAUUCGCUUCCGGCGGUUGGAGUAUGGCUGAUGAAGCGACAGUCUAUUACACUGAUGCAAUUGACCAGUUGACACUUGGACGUGAUCUAUUAAAACAAUUGUUUGGUGAAUGUGGACUUCCAUUAGUUGCUUGGCAAAUUGAUCCAUUUGGACAUGCACGUGAUCAUUCAGAUUUAUUUCAAGACGCCGGUUUCGAUGCUGUCUACUUUCAACGUAUGGAUUAUCGUGAGAAAGAAAAACGAAAACAACUGAAAGAAUUGGAAAUUCUAUGGCAUACUACUUCUAAUGAGAAAAGUACUAAUGUAUAUGAGAAAACAAUAACUAACACUAAAUUGUAUGGUUUAUUUACUGGAAUGUUUUAUGAUACAUAUUGUUAUCCACCUACUUUUGAAUUUGACAGUAAGUUUCCAUAUAAUACAAUUGUAGAUAAUCCAUUGAUUCAAGAAUAUAAUGUUGAUAGUAUUGUUAAAAAAUUCCAAACAUACAUUCAUCAUUUAUCGAAGUCUUUCAAGACAAACCAUAUAAUGGUUCUAAUGGGUUGUGAUUUUACAUAUGAAAACGCUCAUAUUAAUUACAAUAAUAUGGAUAAGUUAAUUAAAUAUGUUAAUGCAGCACAAGAGUAUGGUAGCAAAAUCAAUCUACUCUAUUCUACACCAGCAUGUUAUACAAAAGCAGUAAAUGAAGAAUUUAAUCGUAUAGGUACAAUCAAUCAUCGUAGUGGUGACUUCUUUCCAUAUGCUAGUGGCCAAUUUACAUACUGGACAGGUUAUUAUACUAGUCGACCAUCAUUGAAGUAUUAUGUACGUCAAGCAUCAAACUUAUUAUCAAUGUGUGAGCACAUUCAUUUAUUUGCAAACCGUAUUCCAAACAAAUUGACGAAUAAAACUAAUCAAUAUGAUAACGAAGAACGAAUUGAUAAUUUGCGUAAAAUUCUUGGUAUAUUACAACAUCAUGAUGCUGUAACUGGUACAGCUAAACAACAUGUAACUAAUGACUAUACUUUACGUUUAUACACUGGGUCAAAUUCAUGUCAAAAUUUAAUUGGAAAUUCAUACAUGAAACUAUUACCCAACCUGAAAUUCAAAUCUCAUUCAGGCUUGACAUUUUGUGAUUUAUUAAACAUUAGUUUAUGUAAUGCAACCGAAAACUACCAACCAGUGAACACUAAUGACGUUGAUGAUGGUGUUUUCAUUCUACUGUAUAAUUCAUUAGGCUGGGAACAGUCAAGUACAUGGAUUCGUUUCCCCAUUUACAUUCCGGAUAGUUCUGAUGAUGGAGGUUUGUUAAAUAAAUUUCAAAUUAUUUUAAAAGAUCUACGCAACAGUUCGAAAUCACAUCAAUCAUUACCAUAUCAACUGAAUUUCAUCAGUCAAAGAACACUUCAAAUACCUGAACGAAUGUCUUCUCAACAUCGAGCAAAUUAUGAAGUAUUAUUCAAUGCGAAAAACGUAUCACCAGUUGGCUUAAAUAUAUUUCAUUUUACAAUCAAUCGUACGUCCUCACCAUCAGUAUCAACAUCUUCGACGAAACAAAAUCCUACUGUUCAUACGCAAACUAUGAAUUUCAAACUAUACUAUGAUCAAGUUGGUAAUUUUACACAAAUUAUAAUGAAGCAUGUUAAAAGUGGUAUUGAGAUAAAUUUGAAAAUUGAACUAUUGUACUAUGAAGGUGAAACAGAGAGACCGCAACCAUCUGGUGCAUAUGUAUUCUUACCGAAACGUGAAUCACAUGCGAAAGAGUUUACGUCAGUUCGUGGUAACAUAGUACAUGGAUUGUUAGUUGAUGAAGCUCAUUUGGAAUAUUCCUCAUGGGCAUCUUUGAUUGUACGUGUUUACAAUGACGGUGAAUUAGAAGUAGAAUGGACAAUUGGUCCAUUUCCUGCUGAUACGACUGGUCGUGAAGUCAUAGUACGAUAUUCAAUCGUUGGAAGUGGUGUUCAAUAUCGUGAUACAGGU